AUGACUGCGGCAGAUUGCAAAGCUUUGCAAAUUUUAAAAGUAAAAACGCCCAAUACAGGCAGUAUUGAGGCGCAAAUUAAUCAAAAGCGCCUAAUACGAAGUAUUAUGGAGGUUGAAAAACGAAGAGGAAAGCGACAAAAAGAGGCUCAAGAACAAGGAACCGAUCCGAAAAGUAAACAGUCCGAAGAAAGUUAA